AUGCAUAUCAGCUUAGCUAUCCUGGCAGCGGCUGGCCUCGCCAGCGCCGGCCAGUACGUUGAAAAGGACUACUACCACCGCAAGAACUUCUUCGAUGCCUUCGACUUUGUUUCGAUCGACGACCCAACCAAGGGCAAGGUCAACUACUUGGACAAGAGGCAGGCCAAUGAAAAGAAGCUGGCCGGAUUCCCCAAGGGCGAGGAUGCCAUCUUCCUGGCCGUCGACGACAAGACCAUGAACCCUGGCGGGCGCGGCCGCGACUCGGUACGCGUCACCUCCAAGAAGGACUUUAACGUCGGCCUGUUCGUCUUUGACGUCCAGCACAUGCCCGAGGGCUGCGGCGUGUGGCCCGCCAUCUGGACCUUUGGCCCCGGCUGGCCCAACGCCGGCGAGAUCGACAUCAUCGAGGGCGUGCACAACUCGCCCUUCAACGCCGUGGCCCUGCACACAAACGACCAGUGCACCAUGACCAACACGGGCUCCAUGUACGAGGGCCACAAGGACCCGAACCUGGCGACGCUCAGGGAGGGUGGUUUCUGCGGCGCACCCGAGGGAAAGGGUCAGGUCGGCUGCAGUCAAAAGACGGAUGUGCCAGCCAGCUUCGGACCAGAGUUCAACAAGGCCGGAGGAGGCUUCUACGUCAUGGAGUGGACGCAGAAGCACAUCGCCGUCUGGUUCUUCAAGCGUGGCACCGAGCCCAAGGACAUCAACGACAAGCCCAACCCGGACAGUUGGCCAAAGCCCAUGGCAAAGUUUGUCAGCGCCCCGGGGGAAAAGGGUUGCAAAAUCGCAGAGAGGUUCAAGAAGCACAACAUCCUCAUCAACACCACCCUCUGCGGCGAGUGGGCCGGAAGCGUCUGGGAGAAGGAGGCCAACGGCUGCGCGGCCAAGAAGGCAGAUACGUGCAACAACCACGUCUUGCAGAACCCAAAAGAGUACGAAAAGGCCUUUUGGCAGAUCAAGUACAUCAAGGUCUACCAGAUGGGCAACUAG